AUGACAAUUGAUGCGCGGCUGGAAGAAUUCGACGUUUACAAAGCUGAAACAAUUGGAGACGGUUACAUGAUAGCUUCUGGAUUACCCAGCCGAAACGACGAGAAACACGUGACAGAGAUUGCAAAAUUGGCGAUUGAUUUACUCGCAACCAUAGAGACAGUGCUUAUUCCGCAUAUACAUAAUGAGAAAGUGAGUUUGCGAUUGGGUUUCAACACUGGGCCGGUGGAAGCCGGCGUGAUUGGUUCGAAGAUGCCGCGGUAUUGCAUCUUCGGUGACACGGUAAACACUGCCUCGAGAAUGGCGUCCACGGGACUACCAUUUAAUGUAAAUGUAGCGGCGCGUAUACAUAUGACAGAGUCUUCUGCUGCUAAACUCAUGUUCAUCAUAUCAGAAAGAGGCGCCGAGGUAGUCAUGGGAAAAGACAUCAUCAGGACAUUCUGGCUAAAUGGCGUCUCUACUAAACCAGGCGCCAACGGAGCCGCCUAUGCGCGCCCGAGCGUAGAAGAAAACCCGCUGGUUUCUUCGAAAGUUACUCUGGUUUCAGUGAAAGAACUGCCAAUCUUCACCGAAGGGAUAUUACUUAAGUAG